GAGGGCUCUGCAGACUGACCAGUUUCUCGGGGCUGUGCUGGGCCUCCCAGAGGCAACGUCUUCCAGCAACCCCGCGCGGUCGCCCCCACCCAGCCUCACCGCAACGACGCCUCCGGGGCGGAGCUCCGGGGCGCCUGGUGCUGGGCGGGCCGAGCUGAGCCGGGGCACGGCGGGGUCGGCAGGGGGCGCUGCCGGGUCCCGCGAGCUGCCCGGUGGCCGGUGCGUGCCGCCCUCGCCUCCCCUAGCGCCGGGAGGAGCUGGCGGCGAGCGCCGAGCCGGGCGCGCAGCGGCGGAGCUGGGGCCGGCCUGGGACCAUGGGCGGACGUGUUCCCGAUUUGAGGUGAAACCAUGAAGAGAAAAUAGAAUACUUAAUAAUGCUUUUCCGCAACCGCUUCUUGCUGCUGCUGGCCCUGGCUGCGCUGCUGGCCUUUGUGAGCCUCAGCCUGCAGUUCUUCCACCUGAUCCCGGUGUCAACAGCUAAGAAUGGAGUGAGUAGCAAGAGUCGAAAGAGAAUCAUGCCCGACCCUGUGACGGAGCCCCCUGUGACAGACCCUGUUUACGAAGCUCUUUUGUACUGCAACAUCCCCAGCGUGGCUGAGCGCAGCAUGGAAGGUCAUGCCCCGCAUCAUUUUAAGCUGGUCUCAGUGCAUGUGUUCAUUCGCCACGGAGACAGGUACCCACUGUAUGUCAUUCCCAAAACAAAGCGACCAGAAAUUGACUGCACUCUGGUGGCUAACAGGAAACCAUAUCACCCAAAACUGGAAGCUUUCGUUAGUCACAUGUCAAAAGGAUCCGGAGCCUCUUUCGAAAGCCCCUUGAACUCCUUGCCUCUUUACCCAAAUCACCCGCUGUGUGAGAUGGGAGAGCUCACCCAGACAGGAGUCGUGCAGCAUUUGCAGAACGGCCAGCUGCUGAGGGACAUCUAUCUAAAGAAACACAAACUCCUGCCCAAUGAUUGGUCUGCAGACCAGCUGUAUUUAGAGACCACUGGGAAAAGUCGGACCCUACAAAGUGGGCUGGCCCUGCUUUAUGGCUUUCUCCCAGAUUUUGACUGGAAGAAGAUUUAUUUCAGGCACCAGCCAAGUGCGCUGUUCUGCUCUGGAAGCUGCUAUUGCCCGGUAAGAAACCAGUAUCUGGAAAAGGAGCAGCGUCGUCAGUACCUCCUACGUUUGAAAAACAGCCAGCUGGAGAAGACUUACGGGGAGAUGGCCAAGAUCGUGGACGUCCCCACCAAGCAGCUUCGAGCUGCCAACCCCAUAGACUCCAUGCUCUGCCACCUCUGCCACAAUGUCAGCUUUCCCUGUACCAGAAAUGGCUGCGUCAACAUGGAGCACUUCAAGGUAAUUAAGACCCACCAGAUCGAGGAUGAAAGGGAGAGACGGGAGAAGAAAUUGUACCUUGGGUAUUCUCUCCUGGGUGCCCACCCCAUCCUGAACCAAACCAUCGGCCGGAUGCAGCGUGCCACCGAGGGCAGGAGAGAAGAGCUCUUUGCCCUCUACUCUGCUCACGAUGUCACUCUGUCACCAGUUCUCAGUGCCUUGGGCCUUUCAGAAGCCAGAUUCCCAAGGUUUGCAGCCAGGUUGAUCUUUGAGCUUUGGCAGGACAGAGAAAAGCCCAAUGAACAUUCCGUCCGGAUUCUUUACAAUGGCGUCGAUGUCACAUUCCACACCUCUUUCUGCCAAGACCACCACAAGCGUUCUCCCAAGCCCAUGUGCCCGUUUGAAAACUUGGUCCGCUUUGUCAAAAGGGACAUGUUUGUAGCCCUGGGUGGCAGUAGUACAAAUUAUUAUGAUGCAUGUCACAGGGAAGGAUUCUAAAAGGUGUGCAGUACAGCAGUAUAGAAUCUGUGCCAAUACAGGGCACUGGGAAAAGUCCACUUCUAGUUCUGUCUGUUGCUAAGGGUAGAAGAUAAUUGCUUUUUAAAGGCUAAAUAUUGUUUGUGGGAACCACAGGUGGUUGGGGUUGAACAGUAAGCACGUUGCUGUAAUGUGGUAUGUGAAUUUCUUGGUAGAAAAUGGCCAGUUCAUAGAGGAAUAGAAGGUAAUUGUCACAGCCAGAGUUUGCUUAGAAUGCCAGAAUAAUGUAGUUCAAGACCCGAAGUCACCAAUCCAAGUUUGCACUCUUCUGGCCUGCCCCAUGGUACUAUGUGAUGGAACCAGCACACCUCAGCCAAAAAUUUUUUAAUCUUAGACAUUUUUACCUUGCCCUUUUUAAGAAUUUCUUAAAGUGAUUUAUCUAAAAUAGGGGUUGCAAACUUUUUCUGUAAAGGGCCAGAUUGUAAAUAUUUCAGACUACGUGGACCAAAAGGCCACAUACAGUCUCUGUCAUAACUACUCAACUCUGUUCCUGAAGCAGGAAAGCAACCACAGACAGUAUGUAAAGGAAUAUGUGUAGCUGGGUUCCCAGGCCAGACAAAACAGACGGUGGCCAGAUUUGGCUCCUGGGCUGUAGUUUGCUAACCCCUAAUCUAAAAAAUAGGCUAUUCUACAAUUGCACGUCCAGCACUUUGAGAACGAAUUGAAUACCAAGAAUUAUUUAAUGGUUCCUCCAAUAACUUCUGCUAGAAACACAGAAUUUGGUCUGUGUCUGACACUAGAACAAAACUUGAGGGUAAGUAAACAUUGAAUUAGAAUGAAUCAUAGAAAACUGAUUAGAAGAAUACUUGAUGUUCAUGAUGAUUGUGGUACAAGAUAGUUUUAAGUAUGUUCUAAAUAUUUGCUGUAGUCUAUUUGCUGUAUAUGCUGAAAUUUUCGUAUGCCAUUUAGUAUUUUUAUAGUUUAGGAAAAUAUUUUCUAAGACCAGUUUUAGAUGACUCUUAUUCCUGAUGUAAUAUUCAGUGUACUGUACCUGCUUGGUGGUUAGAAGAAGGCUAGAAGAUGAAUUCAGGCACUUUCUUCCAAUAAAGCUAAUUAUGGCUCAUUCCCUUUGAGAAGCCGUAGAAUUGGGUUCGUUUUUAAACCAUUUUCAUCAGUUUCAAAUGGUAAAUUCUGAUUGAUUUUUAAAUACGUUUUUGGAAGAACUUUGCUAUUAGAUAGUUUACAGAUCUUUAUAAGGUGUUUUAUAUAUUAGAAGCAAUUAUGAUUACAUCUGUGAUUUCUGAACUAAUGGUGCUAAUUCAGAGAUAUGGGAAGUGCAAGUGAGAUUCUCUGGCGUCAUUGGCAUUCCAACUUUUUCUCUUUGUUUUUGUCUAAUGUUGCAUUUGAAUAUGUCUGUUUCUAUAAAUAAAUUUUUGAAAAAUACCUAUACUAUA